AUAAACAAAAGUGAUUUUAUUAAGUACAAAAAGUAGGAUUUAAGUGGUUCCAAGUAAUAACAGACAGAACAAAGUAAGUUACCAAGCAAAAACAAAACAAAACAUGUAAGUCUAAGCCUAAUGCAGUAGGAAACUGAAUACAGGUAAAUCUCACCCUCAGAGAUGUUCCAAUAAGCUUCUUUCACAGACUUGAAUCCUUCCUAGUCUGGGCCCAAUCCUUUUCAGACCAACAUUGUGGUUUAUGGACUGGGUCCCACAAUCACUCACAUCCCCGUAGUUAUAGUCCUUUGUUCUAGUUUCUUUCAGGCAUCUCUUUGGGGUGGAGAGGUCAUCUCUUGAGCCAGCUGAAGACAAAAUGGGGGGGCUUCCAGGGCCUUUUAUAUUCUCUCUCUUGUGCAUGGAAACCCCUUUGUUCUUCUGUGCAAAAUCAAAGCAACAAGAUGGAGUUUGUAGCCACCUGGGCAAGUCACAUGUCCAUGAAUGAUGCUGCUUUUUGCAGGCUGACACCAUUGUUUACAUCUUAGUUUGAACAUUCCCAGAAAAGCUCAGAUGUGGAUUGGCGUCUCCCAAAGUCCAUUGUCAGUUAAGUGUUUCUUGAUUGGGCACUUACUCAGAAUAGACCUUUCUCAAGAAGCUGACCAAAUGCUUCACUGAUGCUACUUCAAAUCAAACACAAUGAGAUACAAAUACUAGCCAGUAUUCAUAACUUAAAAUACAAAAAUGAUACACACACAGACAGCAUAAUCAUAACCAGCAAAUUACAGCCUUUCCACAGACACCUUACUUGACCUCCUUUGUACAAGAUUUGGUGCAACUAUAGGACCAUGGUUGCAACAAUGAUCUAUACAGUCACAGUUCAUGUCAAUAAUGUCAUACCUUUCCCCUAGAUUAUCGUUGUAUUCUUUGCUCCUUCUCUCUCUUCCCCAUUCAUCCUCUUUCCCUUCACUCUCACUCCUCCACAUUUCUGACUAUCACCACAAGUUGUCCCCCCUACUCAGUACUAUUGGAGCAGUAAAAUCCCACCAGGUCCUAAUGAGCAGCUUGAUCACUCAGCUUCAGAGACAAAGACCAGGCAUCAUCUCUAAUACACUUUUGGGUAUUGCCAGGUCAAUGGGUUUCCAAUCACUUUUGAUAAUUCCUUUGUUAUCGUUCCAUGUAGUUGCAUUUUUGCCCCAUUAACUUCUUUUAUAAAUACAUGUUACUUUUUUGGACUAGCGGUGCUGUCAGCCUGCCUGAUCAGGAAGGUUUCUGGGUUAUCAGGAGGAAUGGGUUGAAUUUCUUGCUUCAGUAACCGAUAAAAAGAAACUGAUGAACCAAAAAUUCUCAUGGGCUCUAAGAAUCAAAGAGGGGUACCUGGAUAAAAUGCUGCAAGUAUUAAUUAUUAACACAAUGUUUAUUUUCAGCAAUAUCUGAUAUACUGAGGCUAUUUUCGAAGCUCAUUUUGGGCUCAUUUCACUCAGCUGACAUGACAAGUUAUAGCAUAGACAUUCCAGGUGACUAAAUCCACAAAUCAACACUAAGCAGUUUUCAGGAUGCUAUACUUGAUUUCAAGAUUUUUUGAUAGUCAAGCAUCUGCUCCAACUCAGAGAUUGCUGCCCAUCUGAAACUGUUACAGUUUCCUAAUGAUUGCCUUGUGAAAAGAAGUCUCCCCAAAGUCCUAAUAUAGUUCUAGUGUGAUGGGGACGAGUAAUAGGUAGGCAGGGAAGAACAGGGAAAUACUCUGUGGACAUUUCUAGAUGGACAUGAAUUACACCAAGGAUGGAUUUAGCUCACUGUUUAAGCUGCAAUCGCACUCUCUGCAUCUUGAAUCAUGGGUCUGCCAAAACGUUUUGAACCUUAAAGCAAAGGUGACAUCUAAUUCAUUAAACCCAUUUUUUUUGCCAGAAUCUCAGUUUUUCAGUGGUGUCUGGCUGUUUAGAACUCUGGUGGUUUGUGAGAUAUCUUUCCUUAAGCUAUUUUAUCUGAGAGUAAUCCACUAUUCAAUAUUGCAAGUUCUGGACCUUAAACCAGAAUAUUUUUUAAAUCCUGCUGAAAACAUUUUUCCCCCUACCUCUGUGCUAUAAUCUGUUAGAUAUUCCUUUAAAUUUUGCUGUUUUUCCCCCCUACUAGCUGCUUUCCCCCAUCUGAUAUCAUGAGUGGCAGAAUCCAGUAGCUCAUGAAGGAAUGGUUAAUAGACUGUGCGUACCCUGUAAAUAGAAGUUUGUAUGGUUCCAUGUGAACAUGGGACCUAAACAGUAACCAUUAGUCAGAUGGUGAGAGUGAGAGACAUGGCAACUAUAGUAUCUAACAUAUCAGAUUAAAUCUGCUAUAUACUGCCUAUUUAAUACAUCAGGUGUCUGAUUAAAAACUACAGAUGGACUUGAACCCAGAUGAACUUGAAGGUCCAGAUUCAACCAUCUCUGAACUUUAAAGACAUUCACAUUCAGAUCCAAACUUAGUAGCUCAAACCCAUCUCUAAAACCUAGUGAUCCCAAUGUUUAAUAAAAAAUGGAUUUAUUUUCACAGAUGAUGCCUACAUUUCAGAACAGCAAUGAUUUGGAGAUCUCUCUUUGUAACAUACAAAUUCUGGUUGGUUUUAUUAAGUUAUUAUGAACUGCUGUAUCAUGCACAGCCCGUGUCAAAGUGUAUCCACUAUCCUUGAUCAGGCCUUCAUUCAAAUCAAAUAAGUACUUUAUUUUAAUGACAGUGCUUUGACUGGACAAUAUAUAUGCUAAGGGAGUUUGCUCAAGCUGGGAACAGACCCUUCAGACAGAGGGGGAAGUAAGGUAGGAAGUGGGGAACAAUGGAAAGUUACCAAAACAGGACAAAGACUGGUUACCAUAGCAAAAGGUUGGAAAAUGUCAUAGGAGAGAAGUGGGGAAGACACACGGGAAAUUUGGGCAGAGGAAGCCAUUACCAAAGCCAUUACCAAGACUUACCAAUGUCAGAGGGAGCAAGCAAGCUGACUUAGGGAGAAGGCUCCAUGUUUCAGAAUAUAAGCCAUGUACUGCAGUAGAAGGACUCUGCCUGUGCCAAAAGGACUCAGAGCCCAGCCCAAAGAAUGCCCUGGAGUGAUGAGGAAACUGAGGCAGAGAAAUUAGUGUAGGGUUGGGGGGAGGGGUGGUGGAUCAUAUUAAAGAUCUUGAAAGGUGUGUUGGGGGAAUACAGAGUCUCGUAGCGCUGGAGAUAUGCCUGGAGCUUUUUCAUCUAUUAUUAUGGCAGGGUCUGUUGUUGCUUUGGUUGGUGUGCCCCGGUCUGUGGGGAGCUUGCUUCUGAUGAUGAUCCUGGUGAGGUUGGAGCGGUUGUUUAAAUGCCAGGAGAGAAAGUUCAGGAAAGAUUUCUUUCAGGAUGUGGUCCCCAUCGAGUAAUGGUUUUCAUUGUUUCAUGAUAGCUUGUGUGGAUUCCAGUGGGUGUAGUAGGUGACAACUAGGGGUGUGCAGUUAGUGUUUGGAGGUUUUUUCCCAUAUAGAAGUAGAUUCUCUCAGGACAUUUGGAUGGCCCCGUUUCAUGAGUCAUUCUACUUCUACUUACAGGAAACCUGCACAAAACCUUAAAGAGAUGAGCCUGAGAACUGAAAUUCAUAACUCUGUUAGACACUAAAAACCAUGGACUUAAUAAAGAUACUGGUUUAUGACUCAUUAAACAAUUUUAACACCCCUGUCUGCUGUCCUGUAAUUGCCCACUUCAUUUUAGUUGGUCUUGUGACCCAGCACUCUGGUCACUACAACUCCAAUUAGGUGCUCUAGAGUAGGCCUGAUUAAGAAGAGCUGUGCCUAAUUGAUAGAUUGGAAUGGGAGGAGGAGAGCUAAGAAGACAAUUAGUCCAUUAGGCAGAAGGUAGAAAAGACUCAGGGAGGAAGUGCAAAAGGGGAAAGGGAGGUUUCCAGAGUCCGAGGGAUCUCUAAGGAGGAAGAUCCCUUCCAACUCCCCCUAUCCUUGGCCAAGGAAGCUAAGGAUUGUAUGUUAUUGUAAAUGCGGGACUGCAUGAGUCUUUAAAGGUGCUGGGGAGAACACUGUGAAAUAAAUCACACAAGCAGAAGUCUCCAAACUGUUUGCAACUUGAAAAGAGAGAGGAGUGGGACUCCCUCCCCACCCCAUCACACAUGGGGCUUGUCUGGGAUCCCUCCUGUGUCUGAGUAGACAAAGAAUUGGAUGUGGGAAGCUGGUGUAAAGGUUCAGUGGCCUGGAGACCCUGCAAUGGCUGGUGAAACAAGAAGAGGAAAUGCAGAAGACCCUGCAAAGUUUCAACGCUCCCGCCAACUGGGACGGUAGGCCUUGGUCGCCUGGCAGCUGGAGCAGCAAAAGAGCUCAUAGGACUUUGUAAGAGAACAAGCCAACAUGCAGCAGCAAUGUCUGCAGAAGGUGGUAAGCCCAUGGUGGGGAAUGGCAACCAGACGCAGAAUAUAUAAGAAUAUACAGCAGUGGGUCAGGUGGCAUUUACUGGGUACUGUGGAAGCAGCCAUGAAAUUGACAGAGGAAUUUUCAGAGGCAGAUGACCCCAGGAAAGAGGGCCAACUGUAUAGGGGAUUGGAGCUUGGGAGGAGGACCAGAGAACCUACACCUGGAAAGGGUAUAGAGAGGAAGAUCCCAGAGCAGCUCUGGCUGCGUCCAUUACAUGUUACCAGUAUGGGUAUCAGGACCAGAUGAAAAAGGAUUGGCCGUACAUGGAAUGCAGGUUUGCCAAGUUUUGUGGCAGGGCCAAGACUGGAGGAAAGGAAAAGGGACAGAAACUGUCCCGCAUUUCAGUAAUGUUGGGGAGAAAACUUCAAAGGGACCGCGUAGAUACAGCCUCAGCUUGCUCUCUGGUCUGGUAGGAGCUGGUGAAACCCCACUGGAUAAUUCCAGGAGCAAGUCUGAACACUGAAUAUAUCCAUGGGGAUAAGAAAUGCUGCCCUGUGGCAAAGGUGCCUCCUUGAAAACAGGUUGGGAUAGUGGAGGGGUUGCUCUACCCAUUGUGUUGGGCACUGACUGAAGCUCCUUCCCAAUAGGAAACCGAGCUGAUGUAGGGGCCAAAGUUGUCCGAAAGGACUCCUGGGAGGGGGGAAAUGAAACACAAAUGAAACACUAGAAUGCCAAGGAAAAGAAGAUGAGGUGCAGAUUGGAGGGUUAGGAGACCAAGUCCCUGAGUAAUCAGGAAGGUGAGGAGAGACCAUUCAACCAUUCUCGGGAGAGAUGGGCUCCCCAGGGUGCCUAUGGUAUGAAGAUUUGUGAGCCGAAACACAGCUGUGGGGGCAACUGGGAACUUGCCCCACCAAGUGUGAUUUCUGUGGGAGGAGACUGAGAGGCCCUCAUAAGGGGGACCUGUAUAAUUACCCUAAGGAUAGGAGAGGAGGGAGAACAUGGGGACAGAAAAAACCUUUCUGUUAUGAAAGGGGGCAGGUAUGUGACAGAGUGCUGGGAAACACCCACUGAUCCAGCACUCUGGUCACUACAGCUCCAAUUAGUUGCUCUAGAGUAGGCCUGAUUAAGACUGACGAGAACUACAUGUUACUGUAAAUAUGGGGGUGCACAGUCUGUAAAGGUGGUUGGGAGGACAGUGAAAUAAACAACAUGAUGUGCUUACCAGAAGGUUUCCAAACUGUAUGUAACUUAAAAAGACAGAGGAGCAGGGCCCUGCCUUGUUACAGAUCUCCUACAGCAUGCGUGAACCUCUUAUGCUAAACAAUCUGUCCCACAUUGUAUUUAGCCAAAUACAGGUUAUCUUCCUUGGACCCGAAAAGAGAGCUCUGUGGAACUCAAAAGCGUGGCCCUUCCACUAACAGAAGCUGGUCCAGUAAAAGAUAUCACCUCACCUACUUUGUCUCAAAUUCUGGGACCAACAUGGCUACAACACUGCAAACAAUUAUGAAGUUAUGCACAAAACUAAAAUGUAUUAUUUAAAAAUAAAGGAUUGUCUUUGAAGCAGGGGUGCUGGAACAAUUUUUAAAGUGGGGGUGCUGAUGAUGGAAACUAUGUAUUUGGUGGUUGUUAUUACUACUUCAAGCCAGGGGGUGCAGCACUCCUAGUUCCAGCACUACUGCUUUGAAGCAAAACAUUUUUUUCUCAAAGAAAACGGAAUGUUAAGGAUCCCCACAUAACUCUGACCAGAGCCAUCAAUAAGGAAUAGUCGGUCUAGAUGAGCCAAAACUUUGAAGGUAACAUUUUUUAAAAGCUCAUGUGAUUUAGGACCCUAGUCUAAAUUUCUAAAUUAAUUUAGUUAUUCAUCUUACUAUCCACAUUUAGAGAUCACACACAGCCAUGGAGAUUGGUCAUAGAAGGGCUUCCAUGCUUCAUACCUGUCAUUUUCUCACACUUAUCGAGUAUCUGGGGGAACGGGCGGAUGCAGCCACUUCCUUGCAGUUCCAGGUCUCCCUUCUCCAGGGCACUUAAUGUUGUUUAAUUUGCCCCAUGCUUUCAAAAGGCUGCUGGUAGGGGCUCCAGGCUGUUAAAUCUAGGAUUGCCAAUUUGGGUUGGGUGUAUUCCCGGAGAUUUCACCACAUGCCAUAAUCUUUAUCUGAAGAUUAAUCUUUAAUUCCCAGAGACUCCAGGCCAGUGCUGGAGGGUUGGCAACCCUAGUUAAAUACCAACACUAGGCGUAGUGAUGCUGGGCCAGGGGAGGGGGAUUGUGCUGGGCAAAGACUUGGCGUUGCUGAUAGAGCAGCAGGGUUACAGGAAGCUGGGCCUAGCUGUGGGUAUCAUGCCCCAUCCCUGCCUAGGCAGUAGCCCAGAGCCGCACUGGCUGGAGAGGAGCACAAACCCCCUUUGCCCCCAGAUUGAGCCCACUCCCCCCGCCAUCUGCUCUCCCUCCCCUCCCUUCCGACUCUUUCCCGCCCCCUACCUCUGUCCCAUUUUGCUCCCGGAGCAGAGGCGGGCGGCAAGUGAGGGCGGGCGCAGUAGAGCGGCUUCUCUUGUCCGCACUGAGCCUGCUCCUGUCCCUCGCGCGUGCUGAGCACCAGCCAGGCGGGAGGCGCCGCAGCGUGACUCCGGCGCGGCAGCCGGGCGCAGAAGGAGUCUCGCUGCGGAGGUACUGCAGCUGCCCGGCCCGCACCAUGCGCGUCUCCGGCUCCGGGGCGGGCUCCGUGCGGCUGCAGCUGCUGCUCUCCCUGGCUGCUCUGUGGCUGUCGGAUGCUAACGAACCAGGUACAGCUAUGACAACACGAGAUAUCAAUCAGCAAACUCGAGAGAGCAUUUCAGAUUAUACCAUAAAGGGACAUGACUUAUCUACCCCUGGUUCACAUCUCACCACACAAGAUUUUAAUCAGCAGACUGAGGAGACUGUAUCUAAUCUCACAUUAGCGGUGUAUAGUAUAUCCAUAUAUGGGUUUUUCAGUGCUCCAGAGGAAAAAAAUGUCAUAUUAUACAGUCCAGCUAACAUUGCACUCUCGUGUGACUUGACUCUCCCAUCCACUGAUUCAGAAACUUUUGAAGUGACGUGGAAGAAGGAUAAUGAAACAGUCAAAAGUAGCAAUGUCACCGUUAAUGAAACCAAAAAUGUCUGGAGUACUCAAUAUACGUUGAAGAUCAGAGAUAGAAACCAAAUGGGAAAUUACACUUGUGUUUUUAAAAGGGACCGAGAAGUUAAAGCCACAUUUCAUUUACAAGUACCUCAGAUUGAAGGAAAAGAACAUCACGUAGUCAGUUAUGUAGGAGAUUCUGUUACCCUGGUAUGUAAAAGUAUCAAAUAUGUUCCCAUCAACUGGAUCUGGUACAUGAGUAAUGGAAGUGACCAGGUUGCUGUUAAUGAUUCUUUGAUGCCAGAUAAGUAUAUAAUCGAUGAAAAAUAUGCCAACAUAACAAAACUCAAGAUUCUGAAGAUCUCAGAGAAAGAUGAUAGAUCAUACUGGUGCCAAGCUGUAUUUAAACUAGGAGAGAGCAAAGGAAAAGUAUCCCUUAAAGUUCUCACCUAUAUGACACCACUCAAACCAUUUCUUGCAAUAGCUGCUGAAGUUAUUAUUUUAGUAGCCAUUAUUUUCCUGUAUGAGAUGUACUCCAAAAAGAAACAGAAGCAUGCAGAAGAUGAAAAAGAAUUUGAACAAAUUGAGCAACUUAAAUCAGAAGAUAGCAAUGGUGUAGAAAAUAGCACUACCAGGCACCGAAAAGUUUAAGUCAGUUCCCAAAGGAAGGAGACUUUAAACCAACAAAAAGGAAAUAUCAUUUGACCAUCACAAAACCACUGGAAGAUGUACAUGGCUAUGCAUUUCAAAUAUCUACAAUGCUUCUAAUUAGAGCUCAUUAGACUUGUAACAAAAAUAAUGAAGAUCUCCUAUUCUGCUUUUAAACUAUAAACAUGAAACUGCCUCUUUGCCAAAUAGUUAUUCUAUAAAGACUAUAUUGUAUCCUGACAUUAUACAUAUGUACUCUCAAAUGUCUGUUGUUGUGUUUGUGUCUCCUUACUGGUAAAAGUCAAUCUUUAUGCUACUGAGACUUUCUGGCCUCAGUCCAAUUGGUUAAGAAGAUUAACCUGUAUAAUUUUUGCAUCCUACAUUGGGCCUGAUCCCACAUUCAUAGAUCACCCGACACUUUAGUGAUUUCACAGAGUGAGCAGAUGAUGCAAGAUAAGGAUAUCUAUAAGCUGACAGUAAAUUUUACAAUGUAAGUCCAGAUUCACAACGUCUUAGAGAAAAUAUCUUUUACUGGUAGACAGAGCAAAUACAACACACAAAGCCAUUUUUUACACCAAAGGAAUAAUCAAAGAGGGACCUUUAUCAUAUUUUCCACACAAUAUUAAGGGUUUUAUCAUUUCCUAAAGAUUCUUAAACCCAAAUUUGAUUAGCAUCAUUUGCAAUUAGGAAGAAAUAGAUGGUGAACUCUGGAAAUUUAAGAUGAUGCACAUUGCCUUAAGAUUUCCUGUCCUAACAAAGAGCCAUUUUUUGUACAAUAAUGUGACAUUUUGUACUUUAUAAAUUACUAAACAAAUGAAUAAAUAAGCUUGACAUUAAAAGGUCCUAGCAUUGAUUUAUAUAUCAAGAGAAUUCCCUUACUAGGCAACCUCAUGUUUUGACAAAAUAUCAUCACAUGUAAUGAGUUCAGUUCUGCUCUAUGUUUAUUAGAAGACAGCGCACCUGAAGUGACCAUUUUUGUCCAUCCUUUUAGUGGACACUUAAGACAGAUUUGUAUUGCAAAUUUACAUAUUGCCUUUCAUUCCAAAGAAUCCCAAAGUGCUAUUUUAGGGCAGGAAGUGAAUGAAAAUAAAUAAUCUGAAAUAAAAUAUCAUAAUAGAAUCAAAAUAACCUGUUACCAAUUUAGAAUCCAGGGAGAAUGUUGUCUACGUGGAAUGUAAUUAAACAAACUUGAAUGUAACCAGAACAUUUGGGUUAAUGUCCCUACUCUUACACAAAUUGCCAUAAAAUCUUCAAUGACCACAAAUUGAGAGGGCUCCACUCUUAGUUCUUAUCCAAAAGACAGCAUUUCCAGAAGCACUGUUAUAUGUACCUCUGUGUUGUAGCAUCCUUGUCUAUUCUUUGGUAGAGUCCCAUCCAAGUACAGAACAGGUUUAAUUCCGCUUAACUCAUGAGAUUUGGCAGGAUCUACUCCUGGGGAAAUUCUGCGCCGCUGCGUACGUGCAGAAUUCAUGUCCCCUGCAGAUUUUUCCCCCCACAGAAAAUAGAUUCCAGGGAGAUAUUGCAGUUACACCUUUUGCCCACGAGGGGCUGCUGUGCCACCAUAAGAAAGAGCAGCCAGCUGAGGGCCAGAGCAGCCAGCCAUGGAGAUGGAGGGGGCAGUGGCUGCCUUCCUCACAGCACCCUGCCCACAGGGCUAGCUGAGAAGGCACAGGAUAUGGGGGGGACAAACAGAGCAGAGCACAUGGGGCUGUUGGAGGGAGAUCACAUAGACUGGUGUUCAGAAGGGUUAGUGGGGGGAAACAGACUGGGGUGGGGGCACAGGAGCUAGUGGGGUGACAGUAUUGAGCCAGGGGUUGAAUGGGAGUGGGGGUUGCAGGGACACAUGAGGUCAGGUGGGGUGCAGGGACACAUGGGGACUGGGGCAGAUGUGCCUGACUGAAUGGGAAAGGCUAGGGGUUAGCCAGGAUCUGCAUGGGGGAGACAUCCCAGCCCCCUAACAAUCCCCCCCUCCAAAAAAAAAAACCAAACAACAACCCUGCUCCAUACUUCUCCCAUCCACACCCAACAACCCUCCAGAUUCACUCCCAGGCUCCUUCCCAGCAAUUAUUUCCCUCUCCCUCAGCUCCUUGGUUACUCCUGACUCCCCCAAGCUUUUGCAAUAUGUUUUUGUAUUGUAAUGUAAAUGAAUUAUUACUCAGAGUUCUGUAUUAAUAUGUCAAGUAAAGUAUCUAUUUGUCAAAAAA